AAUGAAAGAGGAACACAGAGAGCGAUAGGCACCGUAAAAACAGUAGUUGUGUUUGAAAGAAGAAGAAGGAGAUGUCGUUGGUGUGGUUAGAAGCAGCUUUGCCACUGGGAAUAAUUGCUGGAAUGCUUUGUGUUAUGGGGAACGCUCAGUAUUACAUUCACAGAGCUGCUCAUGGACGGCCCAAGCAUAUCGGUAACGAUAUGUGGGACGUCGCCAUGGAGAGAAGGGACAAGAAGCUCGUUGAUGCUGCCGCUUCUUCUAAUUAGGAGGCUUCGCCAGUGGAUUUGGGAAGGAUGAAUAAGUGCUCAUCGUAUAUUCCAGCUUAGCUUAUGAAGAUUGACGAGCAGUUGUCUUCAUAUCUAUUUACUUUUCUUUUGUAUGUGAAUCUGCAUACAUUGUGAACUGUUUUUAAGGAUAAAUGUCUUUGUCUGCCAUCGAAAUUACUUCUUAAUUGGAUUGUUGGAGCUUUAUUGAUAUAAAAAAUGGUCGUGCUUACCAUCUUAAUG